CAAUUGGCCAGGAACUUUAGUUUCCUCUCCCCUUAUUUCUCUCCUUCUUCUCCCUUAUUUUUGGCAAACUCUGUUUUUUCUUCUGUUUCUCUUUCUCUUUCUCUCUCUCUCUGUUCUUUACCCUUUUAUUGUUCUUCUUCUCUGUCGUUCUGCAUUGCUCCUUUACAUGGAAAAGUUUGGUCAAAAACUUUUGAUUCUUUAUCUUCUGAGUUAGAUUCUCUCAUAAUAAAAUUUUUUUUCUCUUUUUCUUUUUGGCCCUCUAUUCAUAUACCUUGUCCUUCUUCAGUACUCUCCCGGUCUUUGUCUCUCUCUCUCCAUUCUUUUAAAGUUUCAAUUUUUACGUUCAGGUUAACGUAAAAGGGUCAAAAAAGGCCUAAUUUUUUUCAGCUUAAAUUUGGCUCCUUUGGCUUUCUUUAGGUUUUUACAAGAAACCCUAUAGAAUUUCUGGUGUCUUAUUUCUUUUUAGCUUUGUUUUGUCACCUGGAAUAUUGGGUUUCCUCGUAUUUGGAUUGGACUUCUAAAAAUUUGGUUAAAUUUAUUUUUGGUUGUACGAUUAUGUUAUUUGUUUCCAUUCUUGGCUUAGUUUAGGGUUCUUGAUCGAGGGUUAUUGUUAUAUUUGGAUUUGUUGGUGUUUGAAGAAUAAAACAAAAAUGGCUUUAAAUGAUUUUGGGAAUUCGUGGAGUUUUUGGAGUUGCAACUGGGAUGUGGAGGAAACCCUUAGCAGUGGAAGUAGCAAAAGUGAAUCAAACGGCUUUUCUGAGGCUAUUAACGAUGAUAUUGUUGAUAGAUUGCCUGCAGAUCCAUUUGGGAUGGAAAUAAGGUCUACUUUAACUGCAGCAAUCACAGGUUGGAUUCAGGAUUUUGAGAAUGACUUUGGGUCAGAUUUCUGUGUGUUUGAUAUGCAAGAUGAUUAUGAAAAGAAGAUUGCUGAUCAACAGCAUUUGUUUAAAGGUCUAAAUUGGGUUUGGAAUGGCAGCAUGAGCAUCCAACAGCAGGAAGGGAACUCUAGUGUUGGUGAAUUUGGUUCAGAAGAUGGUGAUAAAAAGAUUGGUGAUCAAUAUCUAAAUUGGGUUUGGAAUAGUACCAUGAGUUUUCAACAGGAGGAAGGGAACUUUGAGAUCAACGAAAUAUUAGUCCCUAAUGAUGAUUUUAAUGGAUUUGGGAUUGGUAAUAGACUUUCCAUUGGAGGUUUUGUGUCUAAUGAUGAAGGUAAGGGAUUGGAGGAUUGUAAGGGAGUUUUUUGUGAUGGUAGUGAGGGAGGUGCUCCAAAUGAUGCUUUGUUUUUCGCUCUUGGUUAUCUUGGUGUUAAGGACCUCCUUGCAGUUGAAAGGGUUUGUAGGUCUUUGCGGGAUGCGGUUAGAGGUGAUCCUCUUCUGUGGAGGAGCAUUCACAUUGAACAGACAUUGAGUAGGAGGAUUAAUGAUGAUGAUCUUUUGAAAUUAACUGGCAGGGCUCAAGGCACUCUAGAAUGCUUGAGUCUAGUGGGGUGCUUAAAAAUCACAGAUGACGGUUUGAAGCGUGUGCUUGAAAGCAAUCGCAGGCUCACUAAGCUACGUGUGCCAGAAUGUACAAGACUGAGUGUUGAGGGCAUUUUGUUCAAUUUAAGAGCCUUCAGGUCUGCUGGGUCCCCAGGAAUAAAGCAGUUAAGAAUAGGUGGAUGCUUUGGCGUAACGGAGGAGCAAUUCAAAGAGUUGAAGUUCUUACUUGGUGUAGAUAAACCAAUGCAAUUGGGAGCGCAAAAACCACAAUUUUUUCGCCAGGGGCAUUUGCAUCUCAUGCGUGAUGAUGAUAGGGCCAUUGACAUUGAGGUUUGCCCCAGAUGUGAGAAACUGAAACUAGUUUAUGAUUGCCCAUCAGAGAGUUGCAGAAGAACACAUCAUGCUGCUGAGUUGUGCAGGGCUUGCAUUAUCUGCAUAGCACGCUGUAUUCAUUGUGGGUGCUGUCUUAAGGAUUGUGAUUAUGAGGAAACGUUUACUUUAGAUUUUCUUUGUUUUGAUUGUUGGAAGCAGAUCUUUAAUCGUGAAGAGAAGCCAGAAGUAAUGGGUGCCUCCUCUUCCAAGCACACCAUCUUUCGUCAAGAGACGAGGUAUCAGUUGUGUUUUUAUCGCUAGAUGUUCCCUUUGGCAGACUGUGGACAAGACUUCUGCACAAUGUAAACCUAGCAGGUGGCUGUUGAGCAUGUGCAUUGAUGCCCUAUCAGUGAAGUUUAAUAUAUUCUGUGAAUGUUAUGCAGCUUCUGAGGUGUAUCUCAGGCUGCUAUGUUAUUUGGUGUUUCCUGCUUUGCUGCUGCAUGCAGUGAACUUUAGCUGAGAGGUCACUUCAUACGAUCUUGUGAAGAAUUGAGGUUCAUGGGCAGGAACAAGAGAUGCUGAAGAGAGACGUUACUGAAAAAAAAAAAAAAGAGAAAAAUGAAAAAGAAAAAAAAAAGAAGUCAAAACAAAAGGAAAAAUAAAAGAAUGAUUGAGAAUGCCGUAUCAUUGGUUCUUCUUGAAGUCUGCUAUUUUAUAGUUGGAGGACAUGAAGCAGGUGUUCUGAAUGCUUUCUGGCUGAAAUGAGUUCUGUGUGACAUUGCUUUGUUCUUCGUUGUUGCCUUCUGAAUUCAUUCCAUCCUUGUAAAUGAGGAGAAGCAACACUGGCCUCAAAGAACGGCCUGGAUGGUGUCUGCUUUGCGGUACCUGGGGCAACAAUGGUAGAUGUUCUUCUUAUCCCACGACAGCAGCAAGAGUAAGUCCAGUAUUAUUCGUAGGAUCUUCUUCUUACAAAGCUUGAAGGUUAGGUGUUGAGAAUGCUUUCUGGCUGAAACGAUCUCUGUGUGUCAUUGCUUUGUUCUUCGUUGUCGACCUCAGAAGUCACUGAAUCCUUGGAAACGAGGAGACGCAACACUGGCAAGCAGAAAGAACAGCCUGGAUGGUGUCUGCUCUGCGGUAGCGGGGCAACAAUGGUAGAUGUUCACCUUAUCCCAUGACAGUGCCAGGAGUAAGUCCGUUAUUUUUCAUGGGAUCUUCUUGCAAAGCUGAAGGGUAGCUGCCAUCGAAUCGAUGGGAGCUCUUAUCUGAUCUUCACCGGAAUGCCCUCCUUCGGGCUGUUGUCUUUGUUUUGAUAUCAAAGCAACAGGAACUUCAUAUGUAAACUUAUAUGGCAUGUAUGGUUCAUUUUCGAAUAGAAUAAUUAUUCUAUGAGGAUAUAAUAAAAAAAUAAAAUAGAAUGAUUAUUAUGUUGUUUGAUUUA